UUAAGGCGAAAGUUGAGUGUAAGAACGGAGGCCGUCUGUUUUUCUUUUUAAUAUUAUUUUACUUUCUGUCGGUGUUUAAUGUACUGCGGAAAGGAAUCCCGCCUUUCACAAAGAUUUUUAUUUAGAUAAAAUACAAGAAUAUAGAAAGAAAGAAAGAAAGAAAGAAAGAAAGAAAGAAAGAAAGAAAGAAGCAAGUGGUUGUGUCGGACAGUUUUCUAUCCUAUAGGUAGAUUUUUAUUUUUUACAUUUAGCAUCUCAACAAGGCUUAAAAUUCACAAGAAGUUUACCUUCACAGCUCGCUGGACUGGAUAUUAUCGACUUUUGGAAAUAGUUUUGUGAAAUCGAUUCAGAAGGGGUGUUUUAUUUUCUUCACACAUCCUUUACCGAAUGGCUCUGGGGUCGGGCAUCUAAUCAAGACACAGCUAUAUAUAUAUAGGAUCAGACAGCGGGACUCAAUCGGAGAAAACUUGAGGGAUUUCUAUUUUCUACCAGUCACUUGGAAACUAUAAAAGGAAAGACAAAACUAUAGGAGAAAUAUUUCACUUCUUCGACGUCGCCUGCUAAUUUGGCAAAAAGCUCCAGCCGAGUGACGAGCUGCAGGAAAACAAAAACAAAAAAUGCCUCAAAAAGAAUACUAUAACCGGACCACGUGGGAGUCUGGUGUAGCGUCCAUGAUGCAAAACAGUCACAGCGGGGUGAACCAGCUCGGCGGUGUGUUCGUUAACGGCAGACCGCUGCCUGAUUCCACCCGACAGAAAAUCGUGGAGCUCGCGCACAGCGGCGCCCGCCCCUGCGACAUAUCCCGGAUUCUGCAGACCCAUGCCGAUGCAAAAGUCCAAGUGCUGGACAAUGAAAACGUGUCCAAUGGAUGUGUGAGUAAGAUCUUGGGCAGGUACUACGAAACGGGCUCGAUCAGACCGCGCGCGAUCGGCGGAAGUAAACCGCGAGUGGCCACACCUGAGGUGGUCAGCAAAAUCGCCCAGUUUAAGAGGGAGUGCCCGUCCAUUUUCGCGUGGGAAAUCCGAGACAGACUGCUCUCCGAGGGCAUCUGCACGAACGACAACAUACCGAGCGUGUCGUCCAUAAACCGAGUGCUGCGCAACCUGGCUAGCGAGAAGCAACAGAUGGGAGCAGAUGGCAUGUAUGAGAAGCUGAGGAUGCUGAACGGACAGACGGGAGCGUGGGGGACCCGGCCGGGCUGGUACCCCGGAUCAUCGGUGCCAGGACAGCAGAACCAAGUAGAAGGCUGUCAGCAGUCAGAUGGAGGUGGUGAAAACACAAACUCGAUCAGCUCAAACGGUGAAGACUCGGACGAGGCCCAGAUGCGACUCCAGUUAAAGAGAAAACUGCAAAGGAACCGCACAUCUUUCACCCAAGAGCAGAUAGAGGCGCUUGAGAAAGAGUUUGAAAGAACACACUAUCCAGACGUUUUUGCCCGUGAGAGACUUGCAGCAAAAAUUGACUUACCAGAGGCCAGAAUACAGGUAUGGUUCUCAAACAGAAGAGCAAAAUGGAGGAGGGAAGAAAAGCUGAGGAAUCAGAGACGACAAGCCAAUAACUCCACCAGUCACAUACCUAUCAGUAGCAGCUUUAGCACAAGCGUCUAUCAGCCAAUCCCUCAGCCGACAACGCCAGUGUCCUUUACAUCAGGCUCCAUGUUGGGACGGUCAGACACGGCGCUCACCAACACAUACAGCGCCCUCCCACCAAUGCCAAGCUUCACAAUGGCCAACAACCUGCCUAUGCAAGCAAGCCAGACCUCAUCCUACUCCUGCAUGCUGCCCACCAGUCCUUCGGUGAAUGGGCGGAGCUACGAUGCCUACACACCCCCUCACAUGCAGGCACACAUGAACAGCCAAUCGAUGGCCACCUCGGGCACAACCUCAACGGGUCUAAUCUCGCCUGGAGUGUCUGUACCAGUACAAGUGCCAGGCAGUGAACCUGACAUGUCCCAAUAUUGGCCCAGGCUACAGUGAAGGGAGCUGAGGAGUGCAGAGAAACAGACGCGACCUCCUGGCCUCUCUCAGCUGCAAGGCGAAGUGGUUCAGCAGUAUUUCACUACACAACAGAGAAGCGGCUCUAAAAAGGACCUGUGUUCUUUUGUAUGGGGAUAGUGCCACUUCUCUAGCGUUCUCUGGACAGAAAGACUCGAAGAAGCACUAAAAGAGAACAGACUCUGUGUAAAGUGCCCUGUGUUAUAUCGUUUAAAAAAAUGGAACAAAAAAAAUCUCUUUUAAGUUUCCAGUCAUUUUGAUGUAUUUGUAAAUGGCCAAUUGUAUGUUAUGACAUAAAAAGAAAUGAACAGCUGUGGAUGGACUGUUGAACCAAGUUGUUUCGCGUCCGUGGAAGGAGCAACAUUCACGCAAGCAUUUCUGACGUGCUUCUUUUGUUCCAUUAUCAGUUUAUAUCAAGGACUUCUGAACGUCUUUGUAAUGAUUGUGGACCUGUAGUAACAACAGUUUUGUUCCAAGGCAACCAUGACUACACACAGUUUACAAGAAGUCAAUUCAUUCGUUUCCAAAGCUUGCUGGCAAAAAAAAAAGUAUAUGUGCAACGCUUUGAAUGCCGAAAUCAGAAAUGAAAAAGAAAAAAACAAACAAACAAACAAAAAAAAUACCUUUUGGUAACUUUUGGUUAAAACAGUAGAUUGUGUCUUGGAUAUAAUUCAGUUUUGUUUCAUGUCGAAAUGUAAGUAUUUGUCUUCCCUAGAGGUCUCUCAGAACAAUUUCUAUAAUAAAAUAAAUUUCAUUUAUAAUUA